CUACCGCCGAACUACUCUCUCUCUCUCUCUCUCUCUCUCUCUCUCUCUCUCUAACACUAAAGAUCGUAUCUUUAUCCGGAUUCGGUUGAUGGAAGACUACGAUGAAGACGCUACUGGCUUUGGUGGUGGUGGUGAGGAGGAGGAGGUGGAGCUCACCGUGCCCAGAGGUGGGCCCCUCUACGUCGAGAAUCUCACCGGUCCUCUCACCAGCGUCCCUCUCUUCCAGUCCUCCAUUCUCCAAGAGCUUCAGGACUUGGAGGGGGAAUUGGCUUCAGGUUCAUCACAGCUCUGCGAGGAAGAAGACAUCUCGGUGGAUGAGCUUAAGAUAUUGAGUGAGGAAGAUUUGGUGGAAAUGGCUAUUAAGGAAGUGUUAAAGGAAGAUGAGUGUGUUCCGAAUCCUUCUUCUGUUGCGGAAGAGCCCUCCAAUGAAAGGAUAGCAGAAGAUCCUGAGACAUCAGAAGGUAAAACUUGUACUAAGAAAUCAAGAAAAAGAAUGAAGGAUGAUGAAGAUCCUUCCGAAAUUCCAUCUGUUCCUGAGGAACCCUCUUAUGAAAGGAGAGGAGACAAUCCUGAGACAUCAAAUGUAAAACAUUAUAUAACGUAUUCAAGGAAAAGAAGAAGAAUAUUGAAGGACGAGGAAGGUGCUCUGAAUGCUUUGCAUUUAUCAGAAGAGCCCGCCAAGGAAAGGACAGCAGAUGAUCAUCAGAAAUCAAUUAUCAUAUCAUUGAAAGGAAAAGAAGUGAAGGAAAAUAAUCUUGCUAUUAAGGCUGAUGAAGAUGCCCCCAAUCUUUUGUCUAUUCCGGAAGAGCCCUCUAAUGAAAGAAGAGCAGAUGAUCCUGAAACGUCAUGUCCUAACAUUUGUACAAGGAAAUCAAGGAAAAGAAAAGGUAUGAAGGCAAAUAGUCAUGCUCUUGAGAGAAAUGAUACGGAGAAGAAAGCUUUUUGGUCAGAAAUUGCAAAGAAGGUCGAGUAUAUUAAAAAAAUCAAAGAAAAGCAGGAAGAGGAUAAAGCAGCGGUGACACUGCAUUCAUUCAACCAUAGUCUGAAAAGUAAGGGUCGUGCCAGUGCAUCCUUGGGGACAGUUGAAAGGAUGAAACCCCUCAGAUCUGCAAGUUCAGCAGUGAAGGUAAAGCUAUCCAGCAUUCAGGGUUGCACACCUGUACACUGUCCAGAAGUUGCUCUUUCAAUUGAGAUUUAUCAUAAUGUGCGAAACUGGGUCAAGACCCAAGAAUUCUUGGUCCUAGGACAACAAACCUUGACUGAGUUUAGGGAUAAGAUAUAUUGUUUAACAGACAAGGUUAUGGAAAGAGAUGGCCAGCAUAGUCGUUCAGGAUAUUUCCUCAUAGAAGAUACAUUCUACAAUGAUAUGAGGGAUCCUUCUGCAAUAGAUUAUAGCGAACCUAUAUUUGAUUGGCUAAGAAAGUCAAGAGAUGAUGCUUUAAAAAAAUGGGAGUGUAUUUUGGCUGGAAAAAUGCAGAAAAAGAAAAAAGCAGUUGUAGGCGACAUAACUGGCUCAAAAUUGCCUCGCUUCCAAGCUGCUGAUAUGCACAAAACACAGUUUUGCAACUUGAAAUUUCGACUUGGUGCUGGGUAUCUAUACUGUCACCAGGGUGAUUGCAGACACACAGUUGUGAUCAGAGACAUGAGGUUGCUUCAUCCAGAGGAUAUACAAAACAGGGCAGCUUAUCCAAUACUCUUAUUCCAAUUGAAGCUACAUGUACAGAAAUGUAAAGUGUGCAGAAUAUAUAGAGCUACAAAGAUGACUGUCAACGACAAAUGGGCUCCGGAGAAUCCCUGCUACUUUUGCGAUAAUUGCUACUUCCUUCUUCACUAUACGCAAGACGGAUCCCUGCAGUAUCAGGACUUCGAAGUGCAUGAUUAUCACCAUGAUCAACCGCGUUGAUAUUCUUGUAGAAUUACUAGUCUUUAACAUUGAGUUACUAUUAUACAAUAAUAUUGAUAACUCAUAGUUUCUCAUUGUUGUGGAAAAUGAAACAAAUAGUUAUCAUUAAGC